AUGAUACGUCGAUUGUUACACGUUUCCGGGCGGAGAGUCCGGUUCGCGGCUUUCCCACGCCCUCGUCUGUACAGCACCCCGGGGAAGGUGAAGAUCUUCGUCAAGGAUCCGACAGGGGGGAGGAGCGAUUUUGAGGCGCCCGUGGGGAUUUCCCUCAUGGAGGCCGUGCGGGAUGUGGCGGGGAUGGCCUUAGAGGGCACCUGCGAUGGCUGCAUGCAGUGCUCGACCUGCCAUGUGUAUAUCGCGGAAGGGUGGUUUAAAAAACUCCCACCCCCUUCCGAACAGGAGAUGGAUGUUUUGGAUAUGGCCUUGGAACCAAGGGAUGAGUCUCGAUUGGCUUGUCAAAUCACCCUUCGAGAGGCGCAUGAUGGGCUGGAGAUUGAAAUACCGAGUGCUAUGAAGGAUUUAACGCUGAGUUGA